GAGGACCCAGGCUAGUGCUGUGCUACCUCUGUUAUUUCAAGAUUCUGAGUGGAGAAGUGUGAAGAAGAAGGAUUUAUGGCAUUCACCAUGGUGGCUCUGUGCUGGAGGCUGCCCAUCUGCUUUCUCUUGUACCAAGCGGUCUCCGGACGAGUGCGGAGGGAGGGGCACUACGUGGCGGCCGUGUACGAGCACGAGUCCAUCCUGAGCCCGGCCCCGGCGGUGCCGGUGGAGCGCCGCGCUGCGCUGGAGCUCAUGGGCAGGAACCUCGACAUCUAUGAGCAGCAAGUGCUGGCUGCUGCCAGGCAGGGGGCAGAUAUCAUUGUUUUUCCUGAAGAUGGAAUCCAUGGCUUCAACUUCACCAGAAGCUCCAUUUACCCUUACCUGGAUUUCAUUCCGCAUUCACACUCUGGGAAGUGGAAUCCCUGCAGAGAGCCCUAUUUGUACAAUGACACAGAGGUCGUUCAGCGCCUGAGCUGCAUGGCCCUGCAGAACAAGAUAUUCCUCGUGGCCAACCUGGGCACCAAGCAGCCGUGCGAGCGCUGGGAGCCGCGGUGCCCGCCGGACGGGCGCUUCCAGUUCAACACCAACGUGGCGCUGGGCGCGGACGGCGCGCUGCUGGCCACCUACCGCAAACACAACCUGUACUUCGAGAGCGCCUUCGACACCCCUGCACAGCCAGACCAUGCGCUCUUUGACACCCCUUUUGCUGGCAGGUUUGGCAUGUUCACUUGCUUCGAUAUACUCUUUUAUGAACCUGCAGUGAGCCUCAUCACACAGUACAAUUUGAAGCAAAUUGUUUAUCCAACUGCCUGGAUGAACCAGCUCCCGCUUUUGUCUGCUGUAGAGUUCCAACAAGCUUUUUCAACAGCUUUCAAUGUCAAUAUUUUAGCGGCCAACAUCCACCACCCUACCUUGGGCAUGACAGGGAGUGGCAUAUACACUCCAGUCAAAUCAUUCAUCUACCACAACAUGGAAAGUUACGGUGGCAAGCUCAUAGUAGCAGAAAUUCCUGUGAUUACUGCAGAUUAUAAAACUAAUUUAGAGAGUAAUGAAAGAUUUAGAGAGAACUUACAUGACUCAUGCAGGACUUCUACGAGCACCUCACUGGAUGAUGAAGUUUGCUUUAAGGAGCAAGAAGAGACUCCUGGCAGAGUAUCUGAAAAAGGAGAAGGAAAGGAACAGUCACCUCCUUCCUUUUAUGCAGAAAUGAUGUAUGACAACUUCACUUUUGUUCCGUUAUGGGGGGAAAAGGGAGAGCUCCAGGUUUGUGCCAAUAGCCUUUGUUGUUAUUUAAACUAUCAGAAAGCUGUUCUAACUGAUGAGUUAUACGCUUUGGGAGUCUUUGAUGGGCUCCACACAGUGCAUGGCACAUACUAUGUCCAGGCCUGUGCCUUGGUGAAGUGUGGUGGUCUCAGCUUUAGCACUUGUGGACAGGAGGUCACAGAUGCCACUGCUGUGAUAGAUUUCCAGCUAUGGGGAAAUAUGAGCACCCCUUACAUCUUUCCUUUGCUGCUGACAUCUGGUAUUACCUUGGACUUUGCUGAUCACAUGGGCUGGAAAAACAACCACUAUUUCCUCAGCAAAAAUAGAACAUCUGCUGGCCUCCUGACAGCUGCUCUCUAUGGACGAUGGUAUGAAAAGGACUAGCACAGAUACUUGACUGAGUCAGAAAACAACUGCCCAUAUGUUCAGAGUCUGUAGCUUAACAGAAAUGGUUAAAUGUCCAUAUUUGCUAGAGGUUCAGGUGUGUUUGUCCCAUCACUGCCUGAUUAGGUCCCACAUUUGGAAUAAUGGCUGUAAGUCUGUACCCUGGUAGCUUAUGUCCUACCAGGAGUGAAAAAACUGCCUUGCAAAGAUAAAGGCUUGCUGUGAUCUGGUGAGAUGAUUGGUACCAGAAAAUAACACUUCUCAUUUCAACUGAA